GGCCCAAGGUCGGCCGCAUAAUUAAUGUAGGACAAACACAAUCAAACCCAAACGAAACGAAACCGUGCCAUGUCCCCGUCCGUUGUCCGCUGGCUCGGCAUAGUGUCACCAACUCGAAAGCCAACCAUUCCCAGCUUGUUAACCAUAUUAAUAUACGUGGCAUGCCAUUAUGCGGCGCCUGCUCAAGCGCAUACAGUCGACAUCACCCAGCAGAAGAACAUGCUGUGGGGCGAGCGAGGGCUAUCAAACCCUUCUCGACGACUCCGUGAUAUCGCAGAUAACUCACUGCUGUAUUUCAAUAUGCGCUCGGUUGUGCUGCUAACCGUUGCGACGCCGGCCUCCAUAAACAGCACGCUUCCCCGAAUGCUAGCUAAUCUGGCUUCUUUCAAAGAUAAACAACAAGUUGACACAUAUGGGCACGACACGACGCUUGCGGAGCACACCAUCGUGGCGUCCACGUCCAUGGCGGUGCAGCUCGGGUGUGAUGCUCUAUCUCAGACGUAUCACCAAAAAUGUUAUGAGCUCGAUCACUUCCUGAAUGCCGGUGUUGAGGACAUCUUGGCGCUGAGCAAGACCAAGGCGCACGCGUACUCGCUGGGGCUGUCGCGUAUUAAGGCGCUGGUCGACCUCGUCUCGCUGGGCUACGACGUGUUCUACUUUGACCUGCACCACGUCUUCUUCCGCAACCCCCUCGCGUACCUGUAUGCCAACACGUCGGCACCGGUGGUGGUGUCCGGCACACCGGCUAGCGGGUGUCGGCCGCUGGCGGCUGGCCCCGGCGGCCGCCUGCCAGUCGACCACCACCGACUGGACAUCGUGUUCAUCCGCAGCCAGCCCAGCACUUUCAGGUGCUUGUACAACUGGCUGUAUUGGAGCACACACACGACGCACGAUGUGGGGGACAAACCUCUGGACCACCACACCUUCCGCAACACAAUGCAGGAAUGUGUGACAUCUCUCGGAGUGUCGGUAAUCAGUGUUCAGUACCUGGACCCGCACGCCUUCCCCUCCAACUGCGCCACCAAGUGUGGGUGUAGAACCAACAGCCCGGUAGAUCCAGUACGGCCCGGUACGCCGGGGGCUAACAGCAGCUGCCCGCCAGAGGUUAUGUCGCAGUGGGUGGGCUAUCUGCUAGGCUGCAGCGGCAGCCCGGCAGCGCUGGAGGCAGACAUGGUUAGGUAUGGGGAAAUGCUGGCAGCGACCAAGUAAUCAAGGUACACGGUGUCUGAGGUUAGGCCAUGUUAGGUCUGUGGGUGCGAUGGGACAGGGUAAGGGGCAGGUUGGCUCACCGUAGUGUGCAGCGUAUUCCCAGACCCAACCAUUCAAUGUGCAAUGUAAAGGCAAGAUUGCGGGGCUGGUGUAACGUCACAGUUAUUGUACUAAGACAUGUUAGGUCUGUGGUGGCCAUGUUGAACGCUGGGGUCGCAUUUGUAACGCAGAAGUACA